GUUUAAAAUUACUAUGUUCUUUGAAUCUAAUAAUAUGUAUAUAUACACUGAUCUACGUACAUUGAAACACUUGUACAAGUAUCCCACAUCAUGGGAACUCAAACCACUAGCAAGAACAGCGUUUGAGAACCUAAAAAACACCCCAAAGAACCAAUCAAACAUUCUUAAAUCCCAAACUGAAAACAUAAUCCCAAAAAAGAAAUGGAGGACAGAAAAGGAAGAAGAAUAAUCAUGUUCCCGUUACCAUUCCCGGGUCACUUAAACCCGAUGCUUCAGCUCGCCGGAAUAUUCCACCGCCGUGGCUUCUCCGUCAUCGUCAUCCACACCUCCUUCAACUUCCCCGACCCUUCACGGCAUCCCCACUUCACGUUCCGUACCGUUGGCGACGAAAACACUCUGACUCAGUCGGAGGCUUCGGGGCUCGACCUCGUCGGCCUUCUCCGGGAGCUCAACCACCGAUUCGCCGAGCCAUUCCGGCGAGCUCUUGCGGAGGAGACGGCGGAGGAGGAAAGCGGAGAGGCGGUGAGCUGUUUGGUCUCCGAUGCCAUUUGGGGUUUCGCCGGUGAAGUUGCGGAUGAGGUUAGGGUUUCGAGGAUGGUGUUGAGGACAGGUGGUGCGGCGUCGUUUUGUGCUUUCGCCGCUUUCCCUCUCCUCCGAGAUAAGGGUUAUUUGCCCAUUCAAGAUUCAAGACUUGAAGAGCCGGUGACAGAGCUUCCGCCUUUGAAGGUGAAAGAUCUUCCUGUAAUAGAAACGAGUAAGCCGGGAGAACUAUACCGAAUAGUGAGCGAUAUGGUGAAGGGAGUGAAAUCUUCUUCCGGCGCAAUCUGGAACACUUUCGAAGAUCUCGAAGGACCUCCGCUCGACGAUCUUCGCAGCCAAUUCCGAGACGUUCCUAUCUUCCCGAUCGGCCCAUUUCACAAACACCUCGAGGAUUUCAAGCCGACAGAGAACCAAGAAUCCAUCAACGCAUGGCUAGACAAGCAAGAACCGAGAUCUGCGGUCUAUGUCAGUUUCGGGAGCCUUGCCGCCAUAAGCAGGGAAGAGUUUCUCGAGAUUGCUUGGGGUCUAAGCAACAGCGGACAGUCUUUCGUGUGCGUGAUAAGACAAGGGUUCGUCCGGGGGACCGAAUGGAUCGAGGCAUUGCCUCGCGGGUUCGUUGAAAAGCUCGGGCAAAAGGGUAAAUUCGUGAAAUGGGCGAAUCAACACGACGUACUCUCACAUCGUGCCGUUGGAGCGUUCUGGACUCACUGCGGAUGGAACUCAACCCUGGAGAGCAUAUGCGAAGGCGUUCCGAUGAUAUGUACACCGUGUUUCACGGAUCAACACGUGAACUCGAGGUAUGUUUCCGACGUCUGGAGAGUCGGGGUUCGGUUGGAGAGAAGCGAGAUGGAUAGAUGGCAGAUUGAGAAGGUGAUCAGAAGGGUGAUGGUUGAAAGUUUUGGGUAUGAAAUGAGAGAGAGGAGUUUGAAGUUGAAGGAAAGAGCUGAGAUAUGUUUAGGACAAGAUGGGUCUUCAUCUAAAUCUUUGGACCGACUGGUUAGUCAUGUUUUGUCUUUCGAUUCAUCUUUUGCUUUUGCAAGUGAACGGAUAAGUUGAACACUACAAAUCCUUUAUAUGUGUGGACCGUUUUGCUCAUCGUUUUCAUGGGCCUUACAAGGCCUUUUUCUGUAUUGGAUUUUAUUCCUUAAUAAACA